CAGUUUUGACACUGUUAUGUGUUUGCUAAACGCUAAACUGCUGCGAGUGCGAAAGUGAUUUUUGGCGUAACAAUACAUGAUAUCCAUCUAUAUCCUAAAUAUUUUGUUGUGAACAUAUCUCUACUAAGUAAUUAAAGAAACUAAGAUGCUUGAAGUCACUUGUAAUGAUCGUCUUGGAAAGAAAGUGAGAGUAAAAUGCAACCCUGACGAUACAGUUGGAGACCUCAAAAAGUUAAUAGCAGCACAAACUGGCACGAGAUACGACAAGAUUGUUCUGAAGAAAUGGUACACAGUAUUCAAAGACCAUAUCAAAUUGUCUGACUAUGAAAUACAUGAUGGCAUGAACCUGGAACUCUACUAUCAAUAGCAUACAAUGGAGUCUGAUCAACUAAAAUAUAAUGUUAAUUUUACAACUAACUUAAUAUUUAAGUAAACUAUAAGAUUGAAAUUUUGUUUUUAUUUCUUUUUGGGGUAUUCAACAAGCCAACUCGUCCUGUGAUUAUCAAAUGCAUAAAAUACAUUGAUUACCUAUUAAUAAAAUAAAAA